CUAAAAACUCCAUUGAUUGAAACAUUUGAAGAUUCUUGAAAAACUGAAGAGUUGCAUAGGGCAAUCAAUCUCAAAAAAGAUGAAAAAUAUAGCGUUGUUUUUGAUGGGUUGUGGAGGAGUUGGUAGUCAACUUCUUCAACAUAUUGUUUCUUGUCGAUCUCUUCAUGCCAAACAGGUGUAUGCCAAGUGUUUUCCGGUCCGGAAGUUAUACAGAAAGCAGUUGAUAUUGGUGGUGCUCUUAGCAAAUCUACAGGAUGAUUAUGACAAGUUGGUGUCACAGCCUCGUUGCCUUAGACACGAGUCAACUGUUGGUGCUGGCCUUCCUGUCAUAGCAUCCUUAAAUCGCAUAAUUUCAUCAGGAGAUCCCGUCUACCGUAUUAUUGGGAGUUUGAGUGGUACCCUGGGGUAUGUAAUGAGAGAGGUUGAGGAUGGAAAGCCAUUCAGCCAAGUUGUUACUGCUGCUAAAAGCCUUGGCUACACUGAACCAGAUCCUCGGGAUGAUCUUGGCGGCAUGGAUGUAAGCAAGAAGGCUCUAAUUCUUGCUUGACUUCUUGGACGGCGUUUAAACCUAGAUAAUAUGAAGAUUGAAAGCUUGUAUCCUGAAGAAAUGGGACCAGAGGUGAUGCCUCUGGAAGACUUUCUACGGAAUGGCCUUCCCUUACUUGAUAAGAAUAUUGAAGAUAGGAUUAAUCAAGCUUCUGCAAAUGGGAAUGUUCUGCGUUAUGUUUGCUUGAUUGAUGAUUCGAGAUGUGAAGUUGGCAUCCAAGAAGUUCCAAAAGAUUCUGCUUUGGGAAGAUUACGAGGAAGUGAUAAUGUGGUGGAGAUAUACAGCCGUUGUUACGAGAAACAACCUUUGGUUAUCCAAGGUGCUGGAGCAGGAAAUGAUACCACAGCAGCUGGUGUCCGAGCUGAUAUCCUCGACAUUCAAGAUUUAUUCCCUUAAGUGAGUGUUGUACACUGAGAUUCAACAUCUGAUCCUCAAAGGGCAAAAGAUCGACUCUUCUUGUCUGUCAGCUUCUUCCAGAUUGGAGAUUGAAAUGAGGCUUCAGCUAGCACAUGCAUAUUUUGAAAAUUUUCUUGACAAACGAGAGUACCUUGUUAGUUUACAGUUAAUUAUUAUGCGAAUUCUCUUGCCUCUUGUUACUAGUGCAUAACGAUUCGAAUAGAAGUAUGGAACUACUGCAUACAGAGGACACUGAAAUGGCAUAGCUGCAAAAUGAGUCAUAUCUUGGCCUUAGUGCUGGACAAGUUUUCAGGAUUUCACUUCAGCUUAUAAUUUUAUUUUGUAAUACCCAUUUUGAUACAUGACCAUGAUGUUAUCACAAUUUUAGAGAUCCAUGUCUUAGUUAUUAUGAUUUUCCAUGU